AUGGCCGGGUUGAGAGGUCAUAUAAGGAUUUUCAUGGAAGUUCAAUCAUACUUAGGUUGGUCCCAGCAGUUGCAAUCAUGCCUUUUGCUGUGUGGGGUCUUGGGCAAUGAUAGUAAUUGGAAAAAGAGUAGUACAUAUUAUGUUUUGACCUCUUACCUGCAACCUUUGCUACUGUGGACUGGAGCAACACUCAUUUGCAGGGUGCUAGAUCCAGUAACUCUACCAUCUGAGGCAAGCCAAGCUGUUAAGCAACGACUUAUGAAUUUUGUAAGAUCGUUAUCAACUGUGAUGGCCUUUGCAUAUUGUCUAUCAAGGUCUGCAAAGGUGUGGAAAGAGCUGCAGACUGAGGUGGAUAAAUUACCUGAGGCCUGAUCUUAAGAGAGGCACAUCCUCGCAGCAAGAAGAGAACCUGAUAAUCGAACUUGAUACAGUUCUAGGCAACAGGCAACACCUUCGUACGAGCAGCCAGCUGGGAGGAGCCUUUGCUUUGCAAAAAACACCAUUCUUUGGAUCCAGCAUUGGAUAACCCCACUUUGGAAUGCCGCAGUUUAAAUAUAUUGCUACAAUUAUUCUUAUUCAUAAUUCUCUAGGGAUCAUACAGAAUCAGCAAAAGCUCAUCACAGGCAAGAUUCUAUAUUCAGCAAGGUGACCUCUGACAAGGAACCUUCUCUUAGAGUGGAUUUGAAGCUGCUGCUUUGAAGGAUCCUGGCCUCAUUGCCGGCGAGGAGGUGCGGAAGAUGGUCUAUCUUCUUGACAAGCUGGACACCUCCAUGAAGGU